AUGGUAACUAGCCUUUUUGUGUUUCUAGAUGAUUUUACAUGGAUUCAUGGAAUCAAGGUAGCUCUUGGGUUUGCACGCCUCCUUGAAUUUUUGCAUGAUAAAGGACUUUGGGUUCACAACAUUACUCCGGAUCAUUUACUGGUUGACCAGGCUUUCAGUCUAAAACUAUUUGACUUUGGUGUGCUUGUUGGUGGAGUUUUUGGUGAAAUUUCUUACCAUAAACACGAAGGGGGAAGUGCUGGCUAUAUUGAUCUGCAUGGCGUUGAGAUAGGUGAUCAGUCAGACAAAAGAGAUGUUUUUUCGUAUGGUUCUGUACUUCUGGGGCUUAUCGCAAAAAAGGUGUAUGAUGAAGAGGAGCAUCUUCGUCUGGGAUUGAAGCAUUUAAUUUGUUUCUGGGCCUGGGUAGAGUACAACAAAAAACCCAAGUCUAAGUUCUUGUUGUUUCGCAGCAAAAAAGACAUCAAAGACCUCACUCUCACGUACUGGGGAGUGUACAAAGAACGCAAGUCUAAGUCACUUGUGCACGAAAGCCUUAAGAGUGAUCCAUCCUUUGAUGCUGGUGACAGAGUUGAAUUCACAGAACUGGCCAUGCACUGUGUGCAACGAAGCUUGGAGCAGCAACCAACCAUGAAAGAAGUAGUUUCUUGUUUGAAAAGUCUCAAAUGUUUUGGUGAUGUUCCCUUAGGUUAG